AUUUAUUGAAUUCUUCUUCUUACAUUUACGUUACUAAAACAUGAGUUUUGGCAUUUGAAAUAUCAAUACUUUAAAUAAUUGCAAAUUUGACCCACCCUAUUUCCACGGGGUCUGAAUAUUUUACCGCAUGAUGGCACAAGCCACCGAUUCAAGAUUAGAAAUAAGAUUAGCUGAAUGUCAACCACUCAUUAUCAACAACAUUCAUCAGUUUAACUAAUGGCAUCGACAUAUUCAAAUUUCGUCACAUGCCAAAUAUUGUUGGUUUGAAGCUUGAAAAAAAAAUUGAAUAUAAAAAUAAUAUGUAUAAAGGUGUCUGACGAUUGAUACAGAAGUUACAACUUGAUCGAUUGUGAAAAAAUGGCGAGUAAAUUUACAUUUAUCUCAUUAAAUAAAUGACAUUGAGCCCCCCCCCCCCCUUGGAAAACAGAGAAAUAAUUUUUAGAAUCAGAAAGAUGCCGAUUGUCUCAGGAAUUUUAAUUAUCAUCAAGCCUGAGGCAUUUCACAGGAGGCUAGAAAUUGAAGAUCUGCUAAGUAAAGAAGGUUUCCAACUAAUUGAUAAGAAAAAACUAAAACUUAAUCUGUCAAUGGCUACAGAAAUAUUUCAGGGCAAAGAAGAUGAAGAAAAAAUUAAAGAAUAUGUUAGAGGAGAGGUUAUGUGCCUGUGUGUUGGCGGAGAGGAGGAUAUAAUCCCGCAUUGGAAAUACUUUCAAGCAAAAAAAAAUCUGAGUGAGGAUGUUUAUGGGUCUUCUAGCGAGGCAGAUGCUGAGAAAGACAUAAACAUUAUCUUUCCAAAUCUACUAAAUAGAGAUCAGAUUGAUUUUACAGCCGGGCUAAAGUUAGAGAUAAAAGAUGUUACUUGGGAGCAAAGGGCUUACCUUCUGCGAUGGGUCUUUCCUACUCUGCAGGAUGGAGUGAGCAGCAUGUACAGGGCUAAACCAGAGCACCCUCAACUCUGGCUUGCUUCAUGGAUCAGGCAAAAAAAGAAACAUAACCCAGAGGAGGAAUGAAUAUAAAAUGUUUGGAAUAUUGAAAUAAUAAAAUGUCAGUAUUCUAAAAAUAAAAUAUAUCGUAUAUUUUAUGUAAACAUCAUGUAAUUUUAAGAAUCAUUUACUUAUGUAUAAAAAAAGAUUCUUAUCA